GAAUCCCGCUUCAAAUCAUCAAACAGCAGAAAACAGAAGAAAAUGAAAAAGACGUUUCUUUUAAGGGCAUAGGCACGUUUCGAUUCAGUUUCAAUGGCAGAGAGAGAAAGAGAGACCUUACCUCUGCCUCCGGCUCUUCCUCGAGCAUCGUCAUCAAGCUCCAGAGCAAGAGCCACCGCCUUAGUUCGACCCGGACCGGACCCGUUGUUAGUAAUUUGUAGGUGUUUCAGCUUUGUAACUUCACUCACUGCGAUUCUUUGUGUUGCCGUCAACGUUCUCUCCGCCGUUAGAUCCUUUAAAGAUGGAUCUGAUGUUUUUGAUGGAAUAUUCAGGUGUUAUGCGGUGGUAAUUGCGUUUAUUGUGGUGGUUGCGGAGACGGAGUGGGGAUUUGUUAUUAAGUUCUGGAAGAUAUUGGAGUAUUGGGCAGGGAGGGGCAUGCUGCAAAUCUUUGUUGCAGUAAUGACGAGAGCUUUCCCUGACUAUUCAUCAAACCAGAAGGAGCUUGUUCUUCUACAAAAUAUAGCUAGCUAUAUGCUCCUUGCUUGUGGUCUAGUUUAUGUUAUUUCAGGAAUUCUGUGCAUUGGCUUUCUCAAACGGUCUCGUCAGAAGAAAGAAACUACGAGGGAGCAGGCUGUCAAGGAUCUGGAGGAAUUAGAGCGGCGGAGGGAGGAGCUCGAGCAAUUGCUAAUCGCAGAAAGGAUUUGAUGCAAUUUGGGUUAGUGUGUGUUCAUAUAACCAAAGGGACAAGUUAACCGACCUAGAUGAAUCCAACACUAGGUGAAUCUCAUGUUCCUGUGUUAUUGUUGUCUCACACUCUGAUUCUGUUAGACUUUUUUUUUUAGAACUGGACAUCCACGUGAGCAUAUUUGUAAAGUUUGUGUAGCUCAAGUGCAAAGCCAUGUGUCUGGUUCCUUUCUGCAGUCUGGCAAUAGUGAUUGCCACUUUAAUUCUUCGAAGCUUUGUUGUAAUGGCGUUUAAUGGCACUGAUUGCUACUUCACUUGUACGCAUGAGAUUUUCAUUCUUAUUCUUUAUUUUGUUUUUUGGCA